AACUUGGGGAAGGCUAACAUGUAAUUCACACGUCAGGAGGGAUUAUCGGUCAAGUAAGAAGAUUGACCUACUAAAGUCCGGAUUGAAAUGAACUGCAGCUGCUUUGGUGCCUCAACGGUGCGGAAGAAAAGGGGUGUUGAUCAUGUUCAUAAAGAUGCACCAGACACUGGAGGCUGCUCCACUGCAAAGACAAAGAAAUUUUCAUAUAGUGAAUUAAGAAUAGCAACCAACAACUUCCAUCAAAGGAACAAAAUAGGGCAAGGAGGUUUUGGGACAGUAUACAAGGGAACUCUAAAAAGAGGAAUAGAAGUUGCUGUGAAGACACUUUCUGCCGAAUCAAGGCAGGGGUUGCGUGAGUUUUCGACAGAAAUUGAAACCCUAUCAGAUGUCAGACAUCCCAAUCUAGUUGAGUUGAUUGGAUACUGUCUUGAUGGAACUAACCGGAUCUUGGUCUACGAAUACAUAGAAAAUAGGAGCCUUGAUCGAGCACUGUUUGGUUCUAGGACUAGCAAUGUUAAAUUAGAGUGGGACACACGGGCCGCUAUUUGCUUGGGUACUGCUAGAGGUCUUGCUUAUCUACAUGAAGAAUUAGUGCCGCAUAUAGUGCACAGGGACAUUAAAGCUAGUAAUAUACUGCUUGAUAAGGAUUAUAAACCAAAAAUUGGAGAUUUUGGACUUGCAAAGCUUUUUCCAGAUAAUAUCACUCACAUCACCACGCAGAUAAAAGGAACCACUGGCUAUCUGGCACCCGAAUAUGUAAUAGGCCGUCAAUUAACAUCCAAGGCUGAUGUUUACAGUUUUGGGGUCCUAGUACUUGAAACAGUAAGUGGCAGGAGCAGUGGCAGUGGUGCAUGGCAAGGGCAGAAGUUACUCCUGGAAUUGGUGGGUUGAUUUUCAAAUUCCUUAAUUUCUUUCUAGAUCUACCAUUCCUUUUGCCAAUAGAAUCAACAGUCUAUUGCAUGAUUUGUUUACUUGCAUCUGCAACUAGUACUUACAUAUGCGGUUUAUUGUCAAUUUGAAACAAGAAAUUGCCAGGCACGUCAAGAUGUGAUUCUAUAGAAAAUAGGCGUGAAUCUAUCUCUGAUAAGUAUAUGUCCAUCAAUAAACUAAAUGCGCCUUCAAACUGAUUUUGAUGGUUAUGUGAAUACUAUAUAUCCAUUAUGCUCUAUUUGGACUUAUUUCAUUCCGCUUCUAUAAAUAUAUUGUCUUGUAAAAAUCCCUAAUUGGGGAGUAUAUGAUUUUAUCUUUUCUUGUGCAAAGUCAACAGUUGUUGGAUUUUCACCGAUAUCAAUGCUGGUUUUAGCAUAUUGGAAGCAAAGGAGUCUGAACUAAGGUUUUGUUGUUAUUACACUUAUAUAGCCAAAUUAAAACGAGUCUGGAUUAAGGUUUUGUUGUUAUUACACUUACUUUAGGUCCGUCGUUUACCUGUAGUCUUGUAGUCUGGUUAGACAUUUUGUAUGUUAGAAUAGGGAUAGGUGUGAGAUUUCAGAACCUCUGAUUUACCAGUAGUGGACUGAAUGAGGCCAAAUAGAGUGGAAUGGAUAUAGAGAAUUCAUAUACUUGACCCUAAGGCAUAAUUGUUUGAAAGAGUCUCAAUAAAAAUAUGUGCAAAGAUGAGAUAUUUAGAUUCAGAGUGGGAAAAAAAACCAGAAUAAGACAAUAGGGUAGAACCUGUUUCACCAAAUUGGGAUAAAUGCACGAGAGUGCAAUCAGAAAAUGAUAUUAGGAAGUUGAGCUGAUUCGGCAUGGUAGUCAUUGGUAAAAAAAUGCUACUUUACAGCAAUAGGAGAUUGUAUCAAGGAUUCAUGUUAUUUAAAAUCAGGUUUUAAAGGGUCGGAGAAGCAUUGCAUUUCCAAUAUGACUCUUAGACAUAACUCUUGUAGACAGAAUUGUAAUUUUGUCGUUUCCAUCGCUAUUGAAAUUUUACGGUGCAAGCUUGCUUACACCAUUUUGGCCAUGAAUCUAAUUUUCCAAAAUAUUAGUCUUUUGAGAUAUUUAUUUCUAUAAUAUUUAUGGAGUAUGCAAGUUGCUAGAAUUAUUAUUUUAUAUUAAUUUUAUAAUAAUUGACACAAGAUAUAUUUUAUAUAAAUUUUAAUAAUGAUUGACAUAGAAACGUGUGUAUUCAAAAAUUAAUUAAUUUUAUAGGUUAAAACGAUAUAAUUAUUGUUCUUUUAACUGUUAAAUCGGUCAUCAUUCAUCGUUUUGAGUUUGAACUUUUUCCCUUAAAAUUUCAUAUUAUACAUCACAAUUUUUAAAAUAAUAUUUUGUAAUUUUCAAAAAUUUAUACUGAUUGAUUUGGAGUACAUGGAUCUCCCGGAAACAGCCUCUCUAUCCUUCCGGGGUAGGGGUAAGGUCUGCCUACACUCUACCCUCCCCUGACCCUACUAGUGAGAUUUUACUGGGUGUGUUGUUGUUGUUGUUGAUUUGGGGUACACGUGCAACGAACGUGUCCAAAAACUAGUAAUGUAUAAUAAUUUGAACCACUCACAUUAUAAUACUAGUAGCGUAAAGAGGCCGUAAGUCGGAAGGCAGCCAUAUAAUUGUCUUGAACAUCAUUGACCAGUCAUUCAAAUAAACAAAGAGCAAGCAACACCAAGAAAUGUGAAAAUACACUUAGAUAUGAUGAGAUUUUGCUAGU